AUGGCAGCAAUACCAACCUACUCUAUGCAAGUUUUUUGGAUCCCUAGAGCUAUUCUUAACCGUAUGGAACAAAUCAUGAGAACAUUCAUGUGGUCGAAGAGGGACAAGAAACGGGGGUGGCAUUUGGUGAAAUGGAGCACGGUUAAAACAGCCAAGGAGGAAGGUGGUCUUGGUGUCCGGGACAUGGCAAUGGCGAAUACUACGCUUCUUGGGAAAGCGGGAGCUUGGGCUCCAAAGCUUCCUAUUGUUCAUAUCACGGAUACGAAACACCGUUUAUGCGAUGUUAUUCAGAAUGGAACCUGGUCCCUGAACACUUUAUACACAGUGCUGCCAUCUGAGAUGCAAGCUUGUUUGCAGAAAAUUGCACCCACGCUGAACAUGACUAGGCAAGAUAAAUGGGUUUGGCGGGAAAGUUCAACGGGUUGUUACAAUGUUAGAGAUGCUUAUAAUUGGUUGAGUGAGCCUGUGAUAGUCGUGGAUGGGGCUGAAUCGUGGCGGUGGAUAUGGAAGCUCAAGGUUCCUGAACGAGGGUUUGGGGCAUAUGGAAAUGGAGGAGUAAUAGUGAUUUUAGGACAAGGCCUGGAGCGUGGAGGAGGCUUGGAGGCACCUUUCUUUGGAGCAUGA